AUGUUGAAAUAAAACUAAUUAAAUGAGCACUUCGAUAUAAAUAUGAGAAUGAACAUUACAGAAAAUAACUGUUAAUAUGGCAUAUGUGAAAAAACUACCACAGAGGUUUGUAUUCAUUUAAACAUUAAACCUUAGCUAAUACAAGAAUCAUAAACAUAACCGUUCUUAUUAAGCCAAUAAACCACACAAAGAAGCCCUAUAUAAAACGAUGAUGGUCUCAAUUAACUAAAUGUUGAUUUCCUUUCAGAUGACAUAUAUCAGCUAAGUUCUAUAGAAGAGCUCUCUUCAAACCUUAAUAAUUACAUCGAUUUAUAUUUAUAAGAAUUGAGAUAACCAUAGUAAAUUUUAGAGCAACUAUCUUUAUAACAAUCUGAAAGUUAUGAAGAGGAGUCUUCAGAAAGUCUUGGCUAAAAAAUUUAUUCUGUAUAUUUUUACAAUUACAUUUAGAAAUUUAUAUCUUAGUUAAACUUAUCAGUCAUUUAAUCAUAGGACUAAAUUUCGAGUAUAGAUGAGCAAUACAAAGAUGAAACGUCAUUCACCCUCUCAACCCCUAUAUUGGAUCAGGAAGUUAAAAUUCUUCCUGAUAUAAAUAGCAAUGGAUUAAUCACAUUAUUUUUGAAUAAAAUUCAUUCUACUUGCAGUUUAGCUUGA